AUGCUGACCCGCCGCUUCCAGUCAAUGACCAACGGCAUGCAAGUUCUGCCUACCUGGCAGGAGCAAUUCGGCCACCCUACAGGAUCCAAACUAGGAUUCUUUGGCGCUGCCAAUGCGAUAGGUGGCGUCAUUCCAUUUUUGUUCCUCAACUGGAUCGGAGAUAAACUGGGCCGUCGGUUGCCCACAGCACUGGGGUCCGUCGUUAUCAUUACUGGUGUUUUGGUAGAGUUCUUUGCCACUUCGCUAAACAUGUACAUUGGCGGCAAGAUUGUGCUCGGGAUUGGAUCAUCACUGAUUCAAAUGGGAGCUCCAGUUCUCGUGACCGAGCUGAGCCACCCGAAAGAAAGAGUUUCCGUCACGACGUUUUACAAUACGUCCAUUGUUCUGGGAUACGUCAUUGGGGCGUGGGCCACGUACGGCUGCUUUCGCAUUCCGGGAUCCUGGUCAUGGAGGCUCCCGACUUUGAUCCAGAUUGUGCCUUCUGCGUACCAGCUGCUUCUCAUCUUUUUCUGCCCGGAAUCACCGCGAUGGCUCAUUGCAAAGGGACACCCGGACAAGGCACGCGCGAUCCUUGUCAAGUAUCACGGCGAAUGUGAUGGUGGCUCGCAGCUGGUGGACUUUGAGUUUCGGGAGAUGCAGCAAGCUCUGGCAAUGGAAAGCGAGCAAAACAUGACUUGGAGAGACUUUUUCUCGUCGACGGCGAAUCUAAAGCGAAUUGCCCUCUGCUUCGCCACUGCCGUGUUUAGCCAGAGCUCUGGCAACUUGCUCGUCUCCAACUAUCUCACGCAGAUUCUCAAGGAGACUGGGCUCAAGUCCGACAAGGACAUUACCUUGGUCAACGGCAUGGUCACCUUGUGGCAAUACAUUGUCUCUCUCAGUGUUACAGCUUUGGUCGACAAGUUUAAGCGACGAACCUUUUUCCUGGUGGGCUCUGGCGGCGUCGUCGUGACGUUUGUCAUCUGGACAGUGGCCGCACAGCAGUACCUCGAGCACAACUCGCUCGCAGCAGGCCGCCUCGUGCUCGCCUGCAUCUUCUUCUUCCAGGCCUUUUACACCUUUGCCUGGACCAAUCUGGUGGUGACGUAUCCGCUCGAGGUGGUCACGUAUCGCAUGCGCGCCAAGACGUGGGCUUUUGUUCUGUUGACUAUACAGGUUGCUUCCAUCUUUGGCGGCUACGUGAACCCCAUUGCUCUGGAAAACAUUGGCUGGAAGUUUUACAUUUACUACUGCGUCUGGGUUGCGGUUAUAUUCCUGACCGUCUACUUGUUCUUCGUGGAGACGGCGGGCCCGACUUUGGAGGAACUGGCCAAUCUCUUUGAAGGCGACGGCGCUCGCAGAGAAUUCGCCGAGAAAGCUACGAAAGUAGCGCGAGUGGAGAGAGACGAUGCAGUGGAAAAAUCGACAGUUUAA